UUCGAUGUUUACACUUGCGAUUGAGACUGAGAGAGAGUAGAGGCUGCCCACGCUGACUAUCCCACGAUGAGCAGAUGCCUCUAUCAGUUGGCCAGCCCAAGCCCUAUUGAGAAGAUGUUCGAGUGCUCGUUGAUUCUGUAUUUGAGUUUCGCGUGGGCGGCGGUGGAGGCUGCUGUGGAUCCCCUUUUGCCACUUAACGCCAAGGACUUUCAGCUGGACUUUCUGCGUGGACUGGCCGACCAGGCCGAACAGCGGGCAGAGUUGAGUUUAAAUGAUUUUCUAGCCCAUCUGGAGGCGAAUCCACGAUACAUCAACUACACGGCUGAUCUGAGUGCUGCGAGAGCCAUUACGAAGCUGCAACCGAAAGUGACGCUCAUCAAACAGCUAAUCGAUGCCCAUCAUCAUCCGGACACGAAUCUGGAGCACACCUCAGUACUGAGGAAUAUUGUGUUUCUCAAUCGCUUGAAAUCCAUGCUCAGGGCAGCCAGGGAGUCGAGUGCCCAGGAGAUACGACAGCUGCGUCUGCACCGCCUGUGCCAGCAGUUCGAUCAUCCAGUCCCCGAGCGUAGGCAUCGCCUGAUCAAUGAUCAAACGGUGGGGGCGGCCCUGGAGCAGCUGAAUCUCACGCGACUUGAGGGAAACACCACCAGCAUAGAUCUCAAUCUGUUUGGGGAGCAGCUCUACGAGAGGGUGAAGCUCUCGGGCGCCGAGAUCAUCGACAACUAUCUGCUGAUCCUCCGCGGACUCCUGCAGGACAUCAUCGAGGGCGAGCAUGCAGAUCUGGUCGAAAGCACGCCGAAGCUAGACAAUAUGCUGGAGCAGUUGGACGGAAUGCUGGCCACACAGGACUUUUUCGAGAAGCGUCAGAAGGUGUACGCCUAUCUGGAGCGUCACCUGACCACCGACUACGAACAGCUAAGGGAGUCGGCCAGCACCGAGCACCAUCUCACGGAGAAGCUCCUGGAGCAGCUGAAGGCCAAGGGGCUGGAUCUGUUUGUGAUCUUUCUGUUUAGCAAUUUCGAAUUCCUCGAGCAGGUGCACGAACAGUGGUUGCUGCUGCUGCCCCAGACGCCCAGUCUGCUGUACGACGACACAUCGCGACAGUUGUACGACCUGCAGCAGCUGUACGAGAUCUUCAAGCUGGACACCGAGAGCGAGGCCAAGUACGAUGCCUACACGGCGGCCCUGCGACGGCUGCACGAGCGCACCGUGGAGCAGGGACAACGGAAUCGUCAUAUCUUCGAGCUGCUGAACAACGCAGCACAGAAUGUGGGCAGUGUUACCUUCAACAUGAUCAAGGCCAAGUGCCACGAGUUGCUCUAGAACGUAGUGUGUGCCCUAGGAUUAGUUAGGAUUAGACCCAAAGAUUCAAGAUUAUCUCUUAAUAAAGUUGUAUUUUUGAUGC